ACUUCUUCCCAAACUCUAUGGCAAUUCACUGUCGCGCUCAGGCUUCCACUCGCGCCUCUCUAUGGUUUGAGUCCUUCAAAGAGAGAGGACUGUCCAGCCCUCCCGCGUUACAUGGCGUGUAACCGAAUCUCCCUUUCCGCUCCAGCUGCACCGAAGACUCUGGCAUUUGGAGGUGGCGGCAGCGGUGGCUGAGUCACUCAGGCCGAGCGGGGCUUCCCACUCCCCCGGGAGGACCGAAGCUUGCUAGAAGGCAUUAUUCUUCCCAGGAAGUCUCGAUGGUAUCCGAGAAGAGAAUGAAAUGAAAGGCGCGCCAGUGGAAGUGCCUGCUCCACGUGCUUCCGGCGGAUGCCUGAGACUAGUGAAGCAUCAAAGGCAAAGUGUGAUGGAUCCUCUACGGGCUCAACAGCUGGCAGCUGAACUGGAAGUGGAGAUGAUGGCUGAUAUGUACAACAGAAUGACCAACGCUUGUCAUCGCAAAUGUGUCCCUCCACAUUACAAGGAGGCAGAGCUGUCCAAGGGAGAGUCUGUGUGCCUGGACCGAUGUGUCUCCAAGUACUUGGACAUCCAUGAGCGUAUGGGCAAGAAGCUGACUGAGCUCUCCAUGCAGGAUGAGGAGCUGAUGAAGAGGAUGCAGCAAGGGGCUGGGCCAGCAUAAUACACGCCCUCACCCCACCCCACCCCGAUAAUGGACAACAUGCCCACCUCCCUCUCCCCCUCCACACCUGGACUCAAUGUUGACUCUCCCUCUGUCAAUAAAACAUUAAGGCUACAUUA